GCGAUGGACAUCAAAGAAGAUCUCAGUCAUGUCGAGGCCAUCCGGCUGGUCAUCCCCGACAGGGAUGUCAAAGAGAAGGCCCUCCUACGCAAGAUUGACCUGCGGCUGAUGCCGUUGAUGAUGUUGAUCUAUGUCCUCAACUACCUCGACCGCAACAACAUUGCCACUGCUCGUCUGGGCACACUGGAACAAGACAUCGGCCUAACUGGCGACCGCUAUAAUACCAUCAUCAGCCUGUUCUUCGUCGGCUACAUUCUGACCCAGAUCCCCACCAAUCUGAUCCUCAACCGGGUGCGCCCGUCGCUGUUCCUGCCGGCCAUCAUGUGUUGCUGGGCGAGCAUCAGCGCCUGCACGGGUGCUGUCCAGAGCUACCACGGCAUGAUUGCCCUACGCUUCCUCCUGGGCUUCGUCGAGGCACCGUUUUUCCCCGGCGCUCUGUUCCUGUUCUCCUCGUGGUAUACCAAGAAAGAGCUGGCCGCCCGCAUUUCCAUCCUGUAUGCGGCAGGGCAGAUGUCUGGGGCCUUUGGCGGCCUGCUGGGCAGCGCCAUCAUGUCCGGCAUGGACGGCAAGGCUGGCCUGCCUGCUUGGCGCUGGCUGUUCAUCAUUGAAGGAAGUGCCACCGUCCCUGUGGCCGUGCUAGCGAUGUUCGUGCUGCCGGACUAUCCUGCCACCACCCGAUGGCUGAGUGACGAAGAGCGGACGAUCGCAAUCGCGCGCAUCGCCGAAGACGCAUGCGAGGCGGACCGGGAGGAGGCCGAUCAGGGAGGCGUGAUGGUGAUGCUACGGAUGGCCUUCAGCGAUCCGGCGCUGUACAUCCUGUGGUUCAUGCAGCUUGGGCUCAACACGGCGGCGGCAUUCACCAACUUCUUCCCAACGAUCGUCGACACGCUGGGCUACGGGACCACCGAGACGCUGCUGCUGUCGGCCCCGCCGUAUGUCUUCGCGGCGAUGCUGGGCAUCGCCAACUCGUGGCACAGCGACCGCACCAAGGAGCGCUGCCUGCACGUCGUCUGGCCGCAGGUCUUCUGCUCCGUCGGCUUCCUCAUCGCAGCCACCACAAUGAACACCGCGGCACGCUACAUCUCAACCUUUAUGAUGAUGAGCGUCUACGGCUCUUUUGGCUGCAUCCUGUCCUGGGUCUCGUCCACCCUGCCGCGUCCUGCAGGCAAACGGGCCGUUGCAUACGCCGUCGUCAACGCCUUCUCGAACUUCGCCGCCAUCUACGCUGCCUACUUCUAUCCGAGCAGCCAGGGCCCGCGCUACUGGCAGGCCAACGUCGCCAACAUUGCCUUCAGCGGCAUGUGCAUCUCUCUUGCUGUCGUUCUGCGCUUCUACCUGCGCUGGCGGAACCGCCGCCUCGACGCCGCGGCGGCGCAGGACAUUGCCGACGAGGGCACCGCGCGAGGCACGCACACGCUGGCGCUCGCUGAUACCUGGCAGUGUGAUCCGGAGUAUCGCUAUAUAUUGUGAGGUGCUAGUAUCAUGGGCUAGCUCUAAUGAGUGGUGUGGGCUGGGUAUCAGUAGUAGUUGAACUAGAGACUAUCUAUACGCUCGCAGAACUUGAAGUGUUGGAAAGGAAGGUUGAUAUAAAUACU